UCCCUUACGCCGUCUGAAAAAACGAGCAGCCUGGGAAACAAAACUAUUUCGUCAUCAAAUAAGUAGCUGUUGGAAUCAAUGGAUACAAAGUCUUACGAAAGGAAGUGGUGUACAUCCAACACCCGACUUUUACUGUCCCUUUACAAUGAACGCCAAGCUGAUUUUCGGGAUCCGAAAAAAAAGAUCAAGGACAUUUGGGGGGAAAUGGUCGUUGCCCUUGAAAGCCGGGGAAUGACAGAUAUCGAUGCCAUUCAGCUGGAUCGAAAAUUUAGGAACCUGAAGAAGACCUACUACAGCAUAAGGAGCAAACUCCUGGCGAAGGUACCGCAUUUCCAUCCGGACUGGCAGUUCUACGACGAGAUGUCCGAAAUUCUGAAGGAUGAGCCCGUCCCACCGCCAAGGGAACUUUCCAUCAAUAAUUACGAUGCUGUGGUCAGUGUGGGGACCGGUAUCCAGAAAGGCAGGAUGCUGUCUAUGGGCACCACUGUCAGCACAGUUAUUCCCCGGCAAAUUCGUACGUAUCGCAAACGAAAGCAUCCAUUGGAUGAUGUCGAUAUCAAGAUCCAGAAGGACUUUGAAGUGCGAACGGAUCUGCAGCGGGAUGUGGUCCAAUUCGCUGUUAUUAAUGCCGCCGAACCCAAUACAAAUGAUUCGUCCGAGUACGCGGACGAGAUCUCCAUCAGCAACGCCGAAGAGGCAAUGAGACACCUAAGAGCUCUCCAGGAGUACGCCAUGGUUCACGAUAAUUUCCGGGCCAUAGGACUUCUAAUACAGGCGGAGCACGCCAUUCAAUAUCCAGCCCAAAUCAAAGACUUCGAGGUGGAUCAAACGUAGUGUCCUUAUAAGAUAGUACGCAAUUUACUAAAAAAAGCAAAGAUAAGAUUAGGCACGCUGCUAAUUUAUACCUCUAGUUUUAAGUUUUUAUUAUUAUAUAAUAUAUGUUUAUACUUUAA